AUGGAGGAAUCAGAGAAGGAAGGCAGUGAGGACACUACCAUAGAAUCAGAGAAGAAAGGCAGUGAGAACACUACUAUGGAAUCAGAGAAGGAAGGCAGUGAGAACACUAUGGAGGAAUCAGAGAAGGAAGGCAGUGAGGACACUACCAUGGAAUCAGAGGAGGAAGGCAGUGAGAACACUAUGGAGGAAUCAGAGAAGGAAGGCAGUGAGGACACUACCAUAGAAUCAGAGAAGAAAGGCAGUGAGAACACUACUAUGGAAUCAGAGAAGGAAGGCAGUGAGAACACUAUGGAGGAAUCAGAGAAGGAAGGCAGUGAGGACACUAUGGAGGAAUCAGAGAAGGAAGGCAGUGAGGACACUACUGGGAAUCAGAGAAGGAAGGCAGUGAGGACACUACUGGGAAUCAGAGAAGGAAGGCAGUGA